UAUUUAUUUCUUGGUUUUCUCAGAGGGUCCUCCACCUUCCUAAAAACCCUCCCGCCUAAACGCUGCGAAGCGGAAGCCUUCGUCGUCGGAUCACCAAAACGAAAUGAGGAAGAAAGUCCUAACGAUCCUUCUCUCUCAUUCAAUCCCUUCGCUAUCCUCCAAUGCACUCAAUCCCAUUUUCCCUUCAACCUUUCAAUUUCGUUCACCCAUGUUUUUCUGCCAAAAUCUUCACUAUAACAUUUCCAGAUUCAUUUCUACAUCUUCCCGUGACAAUCUCCAAGGAUUAGUAGAUGCCGAGGACCCUUUUCUGCUUGACAAUUCUCGGGUUGAGUCUAUUUCCAGUGAAGAGUUUUCUUUUUUACGCGAUUCUUUGAUACACCCUAAUACUGGGGAGCAUAAAUUUGAUGCAGGUAAGUGCUCGAACGAGGCUGUUUUAAUUUCGCAUGCGAUUUUAACAAAUGAUGAUGGGUUUGGGAACAAAACCCAGAAAUUGCUUAGGCAAUAUAGAGAAAAAUUGAGUGAAUCUUUAGUAGUUGAAGUCUUGAAUCUAAUAAAAAACCCUGAAUUGGGCGUCAAGUUUUUUAUCUGGGCAGGCAGGCAAAUUGGGUAUAGUCACACUCAUUCUGUGUACGAGGCAUUGUUACAGAUAAUUGAAACUAGUGCUAAUAGUAAUGAUAGAAUACCAGAACAAUUUCUGCGUGAAAUUAAGGACGAUGACAAAGAAGUGCUUGGAAGGUUGCUUAAUUUUUUGAUUCGCAAGUAUUGUCAAAAUGGUUUGUGGAAUGCAGCAUUGGAAGAGUUAGGCAGGCUUAAAGAUUUCGGGUACAAGGCCUCAAGAUCAACUUAUAAUGCUUUAAUUCAAGUGUUUUUAAGAGCAGAACGAUUAGACACAGCUUAUCUGGUCCACAGGGAGAUGUCGGGUUUGGCGUACAGCAUGGAUGGAUUUACCUUGGGAUGUUUUGCACAUUCCCUUUGUAAAGCAGGGAAGUGGAGGGAUGCAUUGGCGUUAAUUGAGAAAGAAGAAUUUGUGGCCGAUACAGUGCUUUAUACUAAAAUGAUAUCCGGGUUAUGUGAAGCUUCCCUUUUUGAAGAAGCUAUGGAUUUUUUGAAUAGGAUGCGAGCAAGUUCUUGUAUUCCUAAUGUUGUCACAUAUACAAUUUUGCUUUGUGGGUGCUUGAGAAAGAAACAGCUGGGUAGGUGUAAAAGAAUACUAAAGAUAAUGAUUACAGAAGGUUGCUAUCCAAGUCCUAGGAUAUUUAAUUCACUCAUUCAUGCUUACUGCCAAUCAGGAGAUUACUCUUAUGCUUAUAAAUUGCUUAAGAAAAUGGUAAAAUGUGGGUACCAGCCGGGUUAUGUGGUUUACAAUAUAUUGAUUGGUGGUAUUUGUGGCAAUGAAGAGUUGCCUAGUAUGAAUGUAUUAGAGUUGGCGGAGAAAGCCUAUGGAGAAAUGCUUGAUGUGGGGGUUGUAUUAAAUAAGGUCAAUGUUAGUAAUUUUACACGGUGUCUUUGUGCCAUCGGAAAAUUUGAGAAGGCAUAUAAUGUUAUUUGUGAAAUGAUGAGUAAGGGCUUUAUACCUGAUACUUCCACAUAUUCAAAAGUCAUUAGUUAUCUAUGUAAUGCAUCCAAAGUAGAGAAGGCUUUUCUAUUGUUUCAAGAAAUGAAAAGGAAUGAUAUCACUCCUGAUGUCUAUACAUAUACAAUAUUGCUUGAUAGUUUUUGCAAAGCUGGUUUAGUAGAACAGGCUCGCAAAUUGCUUGAUGAAAUGCAAAGAUGUGAUUGUGCCCCAAAUGUGGUUACUUAUACUGCUCUUAUACAUGCAUACCUUAAAGUGAGGAAGAUAUCAAGUGCAAAUGAGAUUUUUGAGAUGAUGCUGUCCAAAGGUUGCAUUCCUAAUAUUGUCACAUAUACAGCUUUAAUUGAUGGUCAUUGUAAAGCUGGAGAGAUUGAAAAGGCUUGCCAGAUUUAUGCAAGAAUGAAGAAUGACAAUGUGAAAAGCUCAGAUAUCGAUAUGUAUUUCAGGGUUGUCGAUAGUGAGUCCAAAGAACCGAAUGUUUUUACUUAUGGAGCUUUAGUAGAUGGUUUGUGCAAAGCCCACAGGGUCAAAGAGGCACGUGACUUGCUGGAAGUUAUGUCAAUGGAAGGUUGUGAGCCAAAUUACAUCAUAUAUGAUGCUCUCAUAGAUGGAUUUUGCAAGGUUGGCAAACUAGAUGAAGCACAAGAGGUUUUUACCAAAAUGUUGGGGCGUGGAUAUACUCCAAGUGUGUACACGUACAGCUCUUUGAUAGACAGGUUGUUUAAGGACAAAAGAAUGGAUCUUGCAUUAAAAGUUUUGUCCAAAAUGCUAGAAAACUCAUGUGCUCCCAAUGUUGUUAUUUACACUGAGAUGAUAGAUGGUCUGUGUAAAGAUGGAAAGACAGAUGAAGCCUAUAAACUUAUGCUUUUGAUGGAAGAAAAGGGGUGUCAUCCAAAUGUUGUGACUUAUACUGCGAUGAUUGAUGGCUUUGGGAAAGCAUGCAGAGUUGACAAAUGCCUUGAGCUGUUGCAGCAAAUGUGUUCCAAGGGUUGUGCUCCAAAUUUUGUCACCUAUAGGGUUUUGAUAAAUCACUGUUGUGCUGCUGGCCUUUUAGAUGAGGCUCAUAGACUUUUAGAAGAGAUGAAACAGACAUACUGGCCAAAGCACAUAGCAAUAUAUCGUAAGGUUAUUGAAGGUUUUAGCCGUGAAUUCAUAGCUUCUCUUGGUCUUUUAGUUGAGAUGACUGAGUGUGAUUCAGUGCCAAUUUUGCCAGUUUAUAAAAUUCUGAUUGAUAAUUUUAUCAAGGCUGGAAGACUGGAAGUGGCUCUAGAACUGCAUGCGGAGCUCUCAUCAUUUUCUUCUUUUUCAGCUGCUUACAGGAAUACAUAUUUCUCGUUAAUUAAAAGCCUUUCACUUGCAUGUAAAGUUGAUGAGGCUUUUAAGGUGUACGCAGACAUGAUUAGGAGUGGCCAUGUUCCAGAGCUAAGCAUAUUAGUUCAUCUUAUCAAGGGACUCCUUAGAGUUGGCAAGUGGGAAGAGGCACUGCAACUGUCAGAUGGCAUAUGUCGGAUGGAUAUCCAUUGGAUUCAAGAAAAACAAGCAGCUGAUGCUAAUUAGUUUUUGUUGCACAUAUUUUAUCAAUUUAAACAAAUCCAAUGGUUAAUGGUGCAUUAUUAAGUGAUUUGCUCAGAGAUUGACUUGCAAUUUCAAUCAAUCUGAUGGCUCCAUGUACAUCAUCAAGUGUUAAAUGUGGGUGCUUGGCUUCAAUGAGUUGCUGUUAUGAUAAUAAGGAGAAUAGGAGCUGCGAGAGUGUAUAGGAGGAAAAUAUUGUUUAAAAAACGUAGCAUUGUAAUUAAUUAGGUCAGCUAAGAAUUCAAUAAUGCAAAAAUUACUUCUCUCUCUCUCUCUCUCUCAUUCUCGCUAUUUCUUCUUCUGUCUUGAUUUCUCUGUUCUCCCCUCUGUUCUUCUCUUUCUUUCUUCUUCUUCUGCAGGUUUUGGGUCUUGGGAGCUCUGCUACAUAACAAUCAUAUGCCCAAAUGCCUGUCUAAUUUUAUUUGGUUUUCAGCUGAACAAGAACACAUUUUAUGUCCAAUAUCAUACUCCAGUUGAGGACCUGGAAUUGACCAAUGUGGCUAGUGUGUUUAUAGAUAUAAGUGAAUGUUAUAAUUCUGGUUGAUACAGUUGGAGGUGCUUUUUACCCAAAAAUGUGGUGUGUUUUGACCUUCUCAAAAUGUUGUCUUGCUUGAUCUUAUAUCUAUCAAAUCUACAUGCAAAGAUGACUAAAUAUCUUUUCAUGCUAAAAAUAAAAAUACAGAGAACUCUUUUUAACUAAACACAAUCUUCACUUUGUUCCACCUCGGCAGGAGGCUUCCAGCAGUGCUUGGUAUCUGCAUUCCUGUCAAGAUAAUUUGUUAUGGUUCGCUGUUGAUGAUCUGUAGUGCAAUGGAUCAAUAACGAUUGACCAAGCAUUGCCUCCUGGUGACUAUUGGAUAUUUGUCUGCACCAUUGGAGUUUGGCAUGAAGGGUUAGGAGAGACAGAAUAGGGAUUCAGAACAAGGGCAAACCAUGUUGGAAUAUCUUGCAAUGCUCUGUGCUAGAAUGAAGUAUAAGAGACGACCAUUUGGAGGAAGCCCACUAAUCAUCUGAACUCUGAAAUGUAUAAAAAAACCAAGGACUUGGCUUUGAUUUGUAUCAAAAUGAUCCCUGAUGCUGUUUGGGAAAGAUGGAACUGUGUUACCUCUCUUCCAAAUGUGAAAAAGACAUCCUACCUAUAUCUGGAGUUGCUCACAAAAAAUGACCAAAAAGUUUGAAUGCUAGGAUUAGAAGUGGAGGAAUUUCAGUUGGGGCCUUUGAUAAGAUUAUCAAUUCUGGAAAGGAAGAGUUGGAUAUUAUGGAUCAUAUUCAACUCUCUAAAGGAAGAUAGAAUUAUAAAUUGAAAUGAAAGCUGCAUGGAUGGCACAUGGUAAGGGUAAUGGAUGUUGUACCAUGCACCAUGCAGGAAGGCUAAUCUUGUUGAGCUUGUGUCACCUUGCAGGAAAUUGUUCGGACUGGUAUCAAUAAGAUUAGUUCUUGCCUUCUAGUUUUUAUGAUCCGAUCCUUUGUGCAAUUGCCAUGCCUUCCAUGGAUUGUAUUUAUUUAUAUAGAACCAAAUAUCAGUGUGGAAAUUUGUUGAUCUACAAAAUUUUCUGAAUUUCAUGCCUUUCUGCA